GAGUCGGCGGAAUCCGAAUUCCAAACACUCCCCGGCCCCAGACAUCACAUUCUUUAUUACUCUUUCAGAUCAAACUCAAAGCUCCACACUUCUUCCACACCCGCCCUCCAAUGGCGAAGAUACAGAAAUCGCAGCCGUCACUGCUGGUGGAGCCGGUCUACUCCUCUGUGAUUACGCUGCUCAUCGUAGUCAUGGCCUGCGUCGAGCUCUGCGAUGCCGUCACGGUUGUUGAUGUGUACCGCCUAGUGCAGUACGAUCUUGGCGGCGUGCCUUUUGGGUCCCGUUUUGCCGCUCUCAACCACCACGCCGGCUCCUCUCUGUUUUCCUCCUCCGGUGCCGCAGCUGAUCUCUCCCGCACUGUUCUUAUCCUCCCCGUCCGCGAAUUGAAUAUCACCUUUAUUAGAGAAUAUAUUGGACAAAGGAAGCCGUUAGGUGGUUUAUUGCUUCUCCUUCCCCCAGUGUCUAGUCCACAACACACAGACAUUGGGGGUGGAGCUGAUCAUGAUUCUGCAAAAGAACUUGUGAAGGAAGUUUUAAUUGAAGUGGAACGGUUGCUUAUACAUACAAACAUCCCUUAUCCUGUGUACUUUGGUUUUGAGGAUGAGCAUGUUAAUGCUAUGUUAGCUGAUAUCAAGAAGAAUGAUGCUACUGGUCAGCCAGCAACUGCCACAACUGGCGGAUACAAGCUUGUGGUUGCUGCACCAGAGCCCAGGAAAAUUGCCUCUCCCACCAUUGCAAAUAUUCAGGGGUGGCUACCGGGACAGAAAGCUGAUGGAGAUUCAAAUCAACUUCCAACUAUAGCUGUAGUGGCAUCAUACGACACAUUUGGGGCUGCACCAGCAUUAUCUGUGGGAAGUGAUAGCAAUGGAAGUGGUGUUGUGGCACUACUUGAAAUAGCUCGAUUGUUCUCAAUUUUAUAUUCAAAUCCUAAGACAAGAGGAAGCUAUAAUUUACUCUUUGCACUGACAUCUGGAGGGCCUUAUAAUUACAAUGGAACUCAUAAGUGGCUUCAUAGUUUGGAUCAGCGUUUGCGUGAGACUAUUGAUUAUGCUAUUUGUCUAAAUAGCAUUGGCUCAUCUAGCAAUGAGUUAUGGAUUCAUGUGUCCAAGCCUCCGGAGAAUACCUACAUCAAGCAAAUUUUUGAGGGUUUCUCCAGCGUGUCGGAAGAAUUGGGGCUAAAAGUUGGUUUGAAGCACAAGAAGAUUAACAUCUCUAAUCCUCGGGUGGCAUGGGAACAUGAGCAAUUUUCUAGGCUGAGAGUCACAGCUGCAACACUAUCGGAGCUUUCUGUUGCACCUAAUUUUCUGGAAGCUACUGGAGGCCUAUCAGAUAACAGAAAUUUUGUUAAUGAAGCUUCGAUACGGCGAGGUGUCAAACUAGUUGCUGAAAGUCUUGCAAGACAUAUUUAUGGCCAACAGGAGAAAGAUAUUGAUAUAUUUGCAGAUGAUAGUAGUUUAUCCUUAAAUCCUUCUUAUAUACGUUCAUGGUUAGCAUUUUUGUCAACAACUCCUCGAAUGGCCCCAUUUCUUUCGAAAAAUGAUCCUCUUAUCAUGGCUCUUAAACAGGAAUUAGCAGACCACACUGUUGAGGUGAAUAUACAACAGGAAGUACUUGAUGGGAUGUUUACUUUCUACGAUUCAACAAGCGGCAGGCUACAUAUCUAUCAGGUUGCAAGCGUGACCUUUGACCUGCUCUUGCUGCUGGUGUUGGGAUCGUACUUAAUCACGCUGUUCAGCUUUUUGGUUAUCAUUACUAGGGGUCUUGAUGAUCUAAUCAGUCUAUUUCGUCGGCCCACUUCCCGCAAGGUAAAAGCAGCUUGAUUGUGGAGCUUGAGUCAGUCUCGGCGGAUUUAUUUUUGUAGCUUAAUACCAAACAUAGAUCUUGGAUGCAUCUGUAACGGGCCAUAAAUGGGUAGGCUGAUCUAAUGUUGUCGAGCAAAGUCUUUGGCAUUCUCAUGAGGCACUUCACACCUAUCUUUUUCAUCCCUCAUUCAUUGCAUUAGGAGAGAGAUUAGCUGCUAGCAAAAAGUUUUGCUUAGACUAGUUGUAAUCUUAUUUUCCGUUAUGUGAAGUGGAGCCUGCAUGGCUGUUUGACUGAAGGCAAACUUAUGACACAGAGCUAUGCUGUAGUUGGAUACUUGCACUAUCCAAGUUUGGUGAUGGUUGUUUGAAAUAACUCCAGUGAACUGAGUUCAGUCUCUCCAUGUUUGAAAUGAAGUGAUCAGCAAAAUCUAGAAACACAUGUUGCAUA